AUGGGCCAGCUGCGUGGGAAAUAUUUACAUUGGGCCGUGACAGCGGCAAGCUGUCAGGCGUUUCUUCUCCUAGGAUAUGACCAAGGUGUCAUGAGUGGCUUGGUCGGAGCGGAUAACGAGUUUGGGAAGCAGUUCGGUCACCCAAAUGCCACUAUGCAGGGCAUCUUAACCUCGAUCUACGAUAUUGGCUGUGCGGUCGGAUGUCUAGUAGCCUUUGUGAUCGGUCACCGUGCCGGCCGGAAGAAGAUGAUCAUGGCUGGAGGUGCUACCAUGGUCAUCGGCACGAUCAUUUUAGGUUCUUCUUAUGGGAGAGCGCAGUUUCUAGUCGGUAGAGUCGUGACUGGUUUCGGAAAUGGCAUUAACAGCAGCACGGUGCCAACCUACCAAAGUGAGAUGGCUCGCCCCGAACUUCGAGGUAGACUUCUGUCAGCGCAAGGAACAGUGACAAUCAUUGGACUCUGUAUUGCCUACUGGAUCGACUAUGGACUCAGUUUCAUCAGCUCUCCCGUCCAAUGGAGAUUCCCGAUCAGCUUCCAAGCAUUCUUCGCUGUCUGCUUAGUAUUACAGAUGGUCCCGUUACCAGAUACCCCUCGGUGGCUCUGUGAACAAGAUCGCAGUGAUGAAGCAGCUUCGGUCUUGGCCCGUCUUCAGUCCGAGCAGCCUGCAAACGAAUCCACUCCCGAAGUGGUGCAACUGCGUCGGCAGAUUGAGACUGCCAUCGAAAUUGAGUCAGCUGGUGGUCCAUUCCAGUACAAGGAGCUAUUAAGCGGAGGCAAGGUCCAAAAUCUGCGUCGGAUGAUUCUUGCGGGUCUGGUCAACGUGCAACAGCAAUUCACAGGAUCCAACAUGAUCAAUUACUAUGCACCCAUAGUUUAUCAAAAUGCCAUGAAUCUUUCACGCAACCUUUCGUUGAUCCUUGGCGGCUGUACAUCUCUUGCGUAUCUGGUUGGAUCAAUCAUUCCUUUAUGGAGCAUGGAUCGGUUUGGCCGACGAACAUCUUUGAUGGUCUCUGCUGCUGGACUUUGCUUUUGUUUUGUCAUGGUUUCAAUCCUCUUGUCUACUGGCACUCAGUCCUGCGCAUAUGCUGCGACCGUAUUUGUCUUUAUCUUCCAGCUUUUCCUGGGUAUCGGAUAUCUGCCCGUUCCAUGGUUUUACCCAAGUGAAAUUACCACUACUCGUAUCCGUGCUCGUGGUCAGGCGUUUGCAGGUUUUGUGAACUGGAUGUGUGUCUUCAUCGUUGUUCAAGUUACCCCGACCGCGAUCGAUAAUAUCAGCUGGCGAACAUUCAUUAUCUUUGCUUGUUUCUGUUUUGCAUGGAUCCCAAUGGUAUAUUUCUUCUUCCCCGAGACCAAGGGGCUCGAGCUUGAGGAUGUUGACCAUCUCUUCGAUAAUGGCGGCCUCACUGGAGGUGUUUUUGAGUCCCGUGGAUACCCGGUUCUCCCAGGACAUCACCGGACUCUCAAUACAGAGCGGAUUGAAAAGCCUGUGGGGGUGGAGAUCGAAAGAGUUUGA